UCAUAGGGAUCCUGAGAGGGAACCAACGAGACAGAAACCGAAACGGAGAUCUGACUGUCGAUAACAUAUAUGUAAUAUAUGACCGACUGGCUGCUUAACAUGAUCUAUAAAAGUCUCUAUAACGUCGCUGAAUAUGUUUAUCUUCUGUUGGUUAUCACACGUGCAUCAGACAAACAAUCGUCUGGCAAUAAAGUUUUACAGUUGAAGUUGUUGAGCCUUUACUGUUCACGUUAAAUGGCUUUUAUGGCUUUCUUUGUCAAUGCCAGUAUAGCCGAGAUAAGUCUUCCUUACAGUAAGUGCAGCGGUAUUUCCGUGUUUGUCGGUCGAUAUGUUGUUAACACUUUCGUUGACAAGUCAUUGCACGUGUGUGUGGUUUAAUUGAGCUUAUUCCUUAUUAUUUGUGUGGCGGUUUGUAAACUAGCGGGAAAUAAUGACGUUUAUUGUGUGUUUUCCUGUAGUAUUUGCAACAUGUGGACAAAAACACUCAUGAUAUUUUAAUUGUUGUCGUUUUACUAUAAACUAAAUAAAGAUUUAGGUCAGUGUUAAGUUUAGCUAAGGUUUAUAUGGUAAUGAUUAGUUAAAAAUGCUGCAUAGAUUGUCCAGAGAGGGUUUGUACGCAGCAGUCACUUUCCCUAACAGCGUGCCAGCGUGGGGGCGGGACUCGGGACAUCCCACAGGAGGACCUCAAAUAGCCCAGAAACGCAGAAGCGACUUCAGAUCAGUGAAGAAGUAGACGGAUUAAAAUACGAGCUGUUUCAUGACUUGCAGGUCUCAAUGGACUGGCUCCUUAUUGUUGUUUUGCAAGUUAUGCUUCAACCAUCUCUCUCAGUGUUGUUCACUGUUGAGGCAGAGCAGACCAAGUACGAGUCAAAGUUCGGAGAAGAUGUUGUGAUGGGCUGCAGGUUUCAGCCCAAACUAUCAGAUUCUGGCACUGACCUAAAGGUGAACUGGCACUGGAUCGGGCCCGACUCGGUUCGGGAAGUAUUCCGGAUGGAUAACUGGAAGGCCAAUUUGGCGACUCAGGAUCCGGACUAUCGGGGCAGAGUGAGACUUCUAACUGAGCAGCUGCAGAAUGGCUUGGCCAGGAUACAGGUCUCCAAGCUCAGAAUAAAUGAUGCAGGAACAUACCAAUGUCUGGUACAGACAGAAGAAGGAACUGAUUAUAAAGCAAUCACUCUGUCUGUUACAGCACCUUACAAAGCAGUGACUAAGCGCGUUGAGAAGGUUGCAGAGGGGGAUGAUGUCGUGCUAACCUGCGAGUCAGAGGGGUACCCCGAGUGUUCGGUCGUGUGGCAGGAUGGACACCAGCGAAGAAUCAAUGCUAAUACCACCGCUGAACCAACGCCAGACCAGCUUUCUAAAGUCACCAGUCACAUACGCAUCAGGUCAUCAGAAGAAAACAACUACACUUGCAUCUUUGCAAACAGUGGAUACUCUGCAACAUUUCAUAUUCCAGAAGACUUACCUGCUACUCCUGUAAAAAAUGAUGCCGUCAUCGUGGUACUGAGCAUAGGAGUGAUAAUGGUUGCUAUUAUCGUUGCAGUGCUCAUGUACCGACGACAAAAAGGUUUCAGGACUCAUAGUAGCAGGAACACGCUGGUCGACGGUCGAGGCCGAGAAAAACAUAACGGAAAUGACGAAGAGAUCACUAUUUUUAACGAAGGCUGCAUUGAGGAAAAUCUGGGGGUGUUUCUGAAAGCCAAAUAUGCUGAUGUUUCCCUCAGUGCAGAGGUGAGACACCACCGGAACGCUUUCGGUGUGGAGGAGCUGCCACACAGGCUGCAAAACAAUCAGGGCCAGUCUGUGAAUCUCCAAGCUCUACUCCCAGAAGCUGGAGAGAUACUUUUCCUCGAGGGGGCACCAGGAAGCGGGAAGACAACCGUAGCCAACAUCCUGGUCUCUUCUUGGACUGAGGGGCCCACACACGCCCUCUCAAACCUCCUCAAUCUCAGCACCCUCACACUUCUUUUCUACGUCGACUGCAGCAAAGUGAAGGGCGACUUGUUUCAGGAAAUAACAAUCCAACUUUCUCUCACGGAAAAUAUUUCAAACGAGGAUGAGCUGAAGACUGUGUUAACCGGGUCCGGUGAGGUUCUGCUGUUGUUGGAUGGGUACACAGAAGGGAACCAAUAUUUCGAUGAGUCCUUGAGAAAGUUUCUGAUGGAAAAAGGAAAAUGCAGGGUCCUGGUCAUGGCCAGCCCGGGACACUGCCCCACACUCAGGGCCCUGAUUGGGACAGAACAGGUGCUGCAGCUCCAAACACAAAGUAUGAAGUCCUGAGGGCACUGAAGUUGUGACAAACAAAGACAUUAAGCACUUGUUACAUGCACAACUAACAUUUGUAUGAUAAUAAUAUGUUGUUUUUUACGUACUGGUUUUUGUAAGCCCUGGUAUGCUGCAAGAUUUGUGAAACAUGUAAUAUAUAAAUACCACUUUUGUAUUGUUUCUAUAACAUCCCUGUUUGUCAUUUUGAUUAAA